CCCUUGAGUUAGUCAAAUUCAAGACUAACUUUCAGUUUCGGCUUCCUGUUGACUAGCGAUGGCACCGGUUCCGAAGACUGUGGGACAAAUCAAGCUAGACUGCCCUCUGCGGCCAGGCUGCCCGCUGAGGAUCGCUGGUGUUCCCGAACUCUGCAAGGAAUUUGGUCCAGAGGACUACGGAGAAGAGGGCAUAGUGGAUUUUCUUCGCCAGCUUGUGGAGAGUGAUCCCCAGGGCCUGCACCGGAUCCGUGUGGAUGGGAGCAGCGGGAAGCUGCAGCUGUGGCACCAUGGUUACCUCCCGGACCAUUUCCCUGAUGAAGGCAACACGACUGCACAGAGUGACAGGGACAAAGGGGCUGAGGGACUGGGUACCUACUGUGGACUCCGGAAGUCCUUCCUGUACCCUCUCCAAAGGUCUGAACCCUGCCCUCAAAGCCCCUCUGCCUCUCCAUCCUUCUCUAGUGUCUCAGACAACCUACUGCAGGUGGCCAUGCCCCAGAAGCUCCUGGUGACUGAAGAGCAAGCCAAUCGCCUGGCUGAGGAGCUAGUGGCUGAGGAGGAGCGCAUGAAACGGAAAGCAGAGAAGAAACGAUGCAAGAAGAAGCGUCAGAAGGAAAGAAAGCGACAAGAGCGGUUGGAACAGGACAGUGGGAAGCUGAAGUCCACAGCAACCCAAGAGGAGAAUGAGAGCCCCUCAGCCAGUGCUGGAAACCCAGCUCAGGAGCAGUGUGGUGACGAAGAGGACUUACUGGAUCUCUCUAGCAGUUUUGUGUCUCUGGCUUUACGCAAAGUUGGGGAUUGCCUCCCAAGUACCCACAGAGAGAAGGGACCAAACCAAGAGCCCCAAGUCAAGGACCAAGGCCCCCAGGAGAAGAUGGGCCAAAAGGAAAGAAACCCCCCAAGAGAAGAGAAGCCUAGGCAGUGUCCUAAGGCACAGGCAUCUCCAGGACUGCUGGCAGCCGCCUCGCAGCAGAGCCAGGAGCUGGCAAAGUUGGGUACCAGCUUUGCUCAAAAUGGUUUCUACCAGGAGGCUGUUGUUCUUUUCACCGAAGCCUUGAAGCUCAACCCCCAGGACCACAGGUUAUUUGGAAAUCGCUCCUUCUGCCAUGAACGACUGGGUCAGCCAGUGUGGGCCCUGGCCGAUGCCCAGGUGGCCCUUACCCUACAACCUGGCUGGCCCCGGGGUCUCUUCCGCCUGGGCAAGGCCUUGAUGGGCCUGCAGCGCUUCCAGGAGGCAGCUGCUGUGUUCCAGGAGACUCUGAGCCAUGGAUUCCAGCCGGACGCAGCCUGGGAACUCCGAGCUUGUCUUCUCCAACUUGCUCAGCAGGAUCAACGAGGAAGAAAUUGUGUGCCACCUUGUUGGACUGGGGUUCCCCAGUCCCUUCCCCGUUUUGAGCUGGGAAACUCAGGCCUGUUCUCCCUCAAUGAAAGCAUGGCUUCAAGGGCCCCAGGGCUUCUGUCUCCACCCUUGAAUUAUCCUGCAUGUCAUCUGAGCCAACCCAGCUGGCCUUUUCCCCAGACUCAGAUUAGAAGACCCUACCUUUUUCAUUUCCAGGGCCCCUCAAAGAGCUGGGGCAUCCCGAAACCUGGGUGCCCUUAUCUACCUCAGGCCAGAUGAGGGGGCACUUUCAUACAAGUGAGGCCAUGUGUACAUCCCAUAGGGAUAGGGAACACUGUGCUGACAGUUUACUGCAGAGUUUGAGACUCUUAAAUCCAUAUUAAGAGCUGGGUGUGGUAGUGCAUACCUAUAAUCCCAGCACUUGGGAGGCUGAGGCAGGAAGAAUGCCCCUAGUGGGAAUUUGAGGCCAGCCUGGGCUACACAGUGACUUCAAGGCCAGCCUGAAUUAUACCCUGAAUUGCAGAAACAAACAAAUUCCGUAUUAGGGUAUCCCAGAAAUCAUUCCUUUUGCCACAGAGAGUCUUCUGAGAAAAAGCAGUCCCACAUCCACUGAAACAUCCCUCCUUUGCUUCUCAUACAGUUGGCUGCUGCUUCUGGGUACAAUAAGGAAACAGAAAUUCCACCAAGCACUCAAGAUAGGGAGCUACAGCUGUGCGCUCCGUGCCCUGGGAGGCUAAGGCAGGAGGAUCAGCCUGGGCAACGUAGUGACUUAGAAGGACCUUGUCUCAAGGGGAAACAGUGUGCUGGAGAUGCAGCUCAGCGCAAAGGUGCCAGGGUCUAUCCCCGCCCACUAUUGCCACGGUGGGGGCUACAGUGUGCAGAAGCUCGGGUGUCUGAACCACAGCAGGGCCAGCACGGAGCAGGCACGGGGACUUGCGGUGCUUCCUGGCCCCAGGGAACUCAUUCACUAGGUGGAGCUCUGUGCUCAACAGUGGGGUGAUGAGUGAAGAGAGCUUGAGUCCCACCACCCGUCAGCAGCUUGGUGGACGCUCUGCUCCCUUGCUUGUCCUCACCCUAGUUCUUGCCAUUUUUUCUGGCCCCAGCUCCUAAUUUGCUGCUAGUCCCCUGUGCCAUUUUCUGGCCAUGCUGCAACGCGUACUCUGACCUCUCUUUCGUCCAGUGGUCUGAUGGCCACCUCUUCCCUCUGCUCAAGGGUUUGCUUUGGGGCAGUCUCUUAUAACUCCUGCCUGGAGUUCACAGGGCCCACACGUCUCCCCACUCCCUGCGUGGUACCCUGGCUGCUGCUGCUUUGGCUUUCUUCACCCCAGCACUGGACACUGCAGGUGGCCUUUCUCCAUCGGAGGUUUCCUACCAAGGGCAGCGGCCUCAAGAUGGUUAUAGUUGCUUCCUUUGUAAGAACCAUUAUCUCCUUUUGUCUUUAAGAUCCUGGCAGCCUCGCAUAGUUGUUUCCUCCCAGCCGAUGGCUAGGACUCUAAACCCAUUUAAGUGUGGAUCCUUAGGGGCUGUAAUCCCCACAUCCAGGAACCAUUCCUGAGGCUAAAUGAUGCUUUUGCCCUUUAAGUCUUGCCCAAUACAGUUUGUACUUGGAGAGAGAAUUUGAAACAUCUUACAUACCCCCAUCUUUCUUACUGUUUAUGAUUUGGACUCCUUAAAUACUAUCUAGCAAGAUGAAGUCUGCCAUUACUAGUUGGAUCAUCUUGGUCAGCUCUCUGUUAAGCCUCAAUUUCCUCAUCUGUAAAAUGGGGGAAGUCCCUACCUCACAGGGCUGUUGUGAGGAUUGAAACAGUAAUAAAAUAUCUACGAAAUGCA